UUUCGAUACUCCAAGUCUGCUUUACUUCAACUACGCUGAUUUAGUUGCCGAGGAUUAUCCACUAGUUAAUAUGGGGAAAUUAUUCGAGGCUCGAAUCAAUCUUAUGCUAACUACUGAAGAUCAAGUCAAGCGAGUAAGAGCGCCAAAUCAUGAUUUGUUAGAGGGUGAUGUCGUUCUCAAAUUUGGCAAUGCGGUGAAGCUCAUGAACGGCAUAAAAAAUGUUCAGAAACUUUCCUUAACUGCUGAUACUCUCGAGGUGCUUUCUCUAUGCUGUGAAUCUAUGCCGGUGUUCAAAAACCUCAAGAUGUUAGGUAUUGAGAGUGAAGAGGGUCGCGGAUGGCAAGCGAUGCCAGUUCUUCUUAGGAACUGUCCACAUUUGGAAACUCUAAUCAUUGAGGGUCUCUUGCACUAUGAGACAGAUAAGUGCGGGGAUGCUUGUGACUGCAUUUCUCGGGAGGACAAAGGUCAUUCACUCACAUCGUGUCCAGUCAAGAUGUUAGAGAUUCAAGGGUUUCGAGGAACAAUAAAAGAGAUGAAGAUGAUAAAACAUUUCCUGGUCUAUUUUCCGUGUUUGAAGGAGAUGAAGAUCUAUGUUGCAGAGAACGGUCCUACAGACCUCAGAUUCCCUGAAGUGUCUGAUCUUAUCGAGCAGUUAAUGGAAGAAUAUAACAAGUCAUCAAGUUGCAAUGUCGAACUCCUUGUGAGUGAUAACUUGUCUGAGAAGUGGACGGCAGAAGGAAGAAUUCUCUGA